AGCCGCAAAAAUCACAUUUCCAGUUCCAAGUUUAUUAAAUUUCAUGGGAAAAUGUGCGAUUUAAACGAUAAUCCAAUUAAGUUAAGUGUUAAAUGGAAUGGUAAGGAAUAUGAUAUACCCGAAUUAUCACCGUCGGAUUCGGUCGCGAUGUUAAAAAUCGCGAUUGAAAAUGCCACUGGUGUUCGUCCGGAAAGACAAAAGCUUCUUAAUGUGAAAUUUCAAGGUAAGGUGGCCACAGACAACUAUGCACUGUCCGAGCUGAAUCUCAAACCGAAUCUCAAGAUCAUGAUGAUGGGCUCAUUGGAGGAGGCAAUAGAAGGUGCUAGAACCAAACCUGAUGUCGGAGACGAGGUUGUCAAUGACCUGGACAUUGAAGAAGAAGAGGUUGAUGUAGAAAACCAAGAGAUUUACCUAGCAAAAAUAAACAAACGAGUGAGAGACUACAAGAUAAAUAUACUUAAUGAACCUAGACCUGGUAAAAAACUACUUGUAUUGGAUAUAGAUUAUACACUAUUUGACCACAGAUCAGUUGCGGAAACAGGGUAUGAGUUGAUGCGACCAUAUCUCCACGAGUUUCUCACAUCGGCAUACGAAGACUAUGACAUAGUGAUCUGGUCAGCAACAGGCAUGAAGUGGAUUGAGGAGAAGAUGCGUCUGCUGGGCGUGGCCGCGCAUGUGGACUAUAAGAUCAUGUUCUACCUGGACUAUCUGGCCAUGAUCACAGUCCACACUGCCAAGUAUGGGACUAUUGAUGUCAAACCGCUAGGCGUGAUAUGGGGUAAGUAUCCGCAGUACAGCUCAAAAAACACGAUAAUGUUCGACGACAUCCGAAGAAACUUCAUCAUGAACCCAAAGAGCGGCCUGAAGAUACGGCCGUUCCGGCAAGCGCACCUAAACAGAGACAAAGACAGAGAACUACUAUAUCUAGCGACGUAUUUAAAGGAUAUCGCUCUAUAUUGUGAUGACUUCGACACUUUGAAUCAUAAAAAAUGGGAGAAAUACAAGCCUGAUAAGCGAUCUCAACAAGCGGGUAGUAAGAGAAAGGCCGAAGACAGUCCGUCGAAAGCGAAAGAAUGACGGUAGAUUUAAUUUUUGUAUACAUUAUCACACAGAUUAGUUAACAUAUAGUUCGGAAACGGAAAGUCUGAAACAGAACGCGCAAUACUUUUUUAUCUUGAUCAAGCGUGCAAAUAGCGUGUGAUAAAAUACUAACUAACCGCCCUGGCUUCGCACGCAAUUUUCGUAGAGAUUUCUAAUUUUUUUUUUUUUUCAAUGAAACAUAGUAUAUGUCACUUAGGAACAAUUUAGCUUUCUACUGGUGAAAGAAUUUUCAAAAUCUGUUCAGUAGUUCCAGAGAUUACUUCCUACAAACAAACUUACAAACUUUACCUCUUUAUACCGUUUAAAAAAACAGUGGCGGCAAUCUCUCGAUGUACUUAAUGUUAUACUCGUAAAUGUGAGUGUGUCUGUCUGUCUGUGAGCUUUUCUCGGGCCAUCUGUUUAACCGAUUUUGACUAAAUUUGGUCUAUAAUAACACCUUGUAUUCUGGGAAUAAAUAUAGACUACUUUUAUCCUGGAAAAUGAUAGAGUUCCCACAGUAUUUUUAAAAACCAAAAUCCACGUGGACGAUUUAGGUUUUUAAAAAUCAUUGUUUUUUAUUUUAUUCGAUUACAAGCUAGCCCUUGACUUUUGUGUUGGUAAGUGAUGAAUGAUGAUGCAGUCUGAGGUGGUAGCGGGCUAACUUGAAACGGGCAUAAUGGAAGUUUGGGAGGAUUUUCUGGAAUAAAUAGUAGCCAUCUAUGGAAUGCCAGCUAUCUCUCUACCAAAUGUCAAGGUCGGCUGAGCCGAUGGGACGCAAAAAGGUAACAAACAGACAAAUACUUUAGCAGUUGUAAUUUGUAAGUAUGGAUGGAUAUGCCUGUUACCCGUUUCUGAACUGUAUAUUUGCUAAAGAUCUAUUUGAACUGAACCGUGCAAUAAUAAAGACAUGGCCAUGGUGAUCUUUCAAAAUUUACAGUCUAUACCUAUUUACGGUGUGAACGAUGUCAAAUAAAUAAAGUCUCCACCUCACGUUAGCCCAAAGCGUUCGGCGAGGUCCGACCCACGUGUAAACGCUGUCCUUUGAUGUUUUUAUGAUAUAGGCUACCACUAAAGUCAGCUAAUGUAUGUCAAAUGCCAAAAAGUCUCUGAACAUGUUCACCAAGCGUUUUAGA